AUGAAGAUUGAACUUGUCAUUGUUUUUUCCUUGAUUUGCAAUUUGAUUUUUGGUGUUUAUUCAAGCACUUUCACAAUUAAGAACAAUUGCCCUUAUGGAAUCGCACCGGCAACGUUAACUGGGACAGGAGAAUCAAUAUCCACCGGAUUUGAACUAGCGCCACAAGCUUCAAACGCUAUUAACAUACCAGGCUCAUGGUCUGGACGAGUCUGGGCCCGUUUCCAAUGCUCAAAUGAUGGCAAGCAGUUUCAUUGUGACAGUGGAGAUUGUGGUUCUGGUCAAGUAACAUGCAACGGGGCUGGUGCGGUCCCACCAGCAACCCUUGUCGAGUUUACCCUACAUGAUGCAAACUCAAAAGAUUUUUAUGACAUUAGCCUUGUAGAUGGAUUUAAUCUGCCUGUUUCAGUUGUACCACAAGGUGGUUGUCCAACUACUAAUUGUCCUAGUGACAUUAACUCUAGAUGCCCUCCUGAGUUAGUUGUGAAAGAUGGAGCAGGAAGGACAGUUGGGUGUAAAAGUGCAUGUGAGGCAUUUCAUCAACCACAAUAUUGUUGCACUGAUGAUCACAAUACACCAGAGACAUGCCCGCCAACAAAUUAUUCUGAGUUUUACAAGAAUUUAUGCCCAGAUGCUUAUUCUUAUGCUUAUGAUGACCAAUCAAGCACUUUUACAUGCAAUGCUGGCAAUGAUUAUUUAAUUACAUUUUGCCCAUAA